UGCAAGCUCGUGACCUAGCCACAAGUGGGUAACGGCCUAACAAGGUUGAUGAAAACGUCCAUUGCGGUCAGUGGUCUUUGAGCACGCCUGCUCAGUGGGCCGUGAACGAUCUCAACAAACUGGAACCCGAACGCGGGCGAGACCGUAGAUGAUCUGUGUUGUGUGUGUGGGUGUUGUGUACCUGCGAUCUUUGAUGUUAUUCAAAGCGGACACAACGAUUGAAUCCGGUAUUUGUAAAUGGAUGUUUGACCCGCAUCCAUUUUGGAAACAUCCAACGUAGGCUUGUAUGUAUACAUGCACGUACGUUUGUCCGGUACUGAAAAAGUUCAGUACAUGGCCAAGACCACUUGUGGCAGCUAAAAAAUACGGGUAGUGACCGACUCACUGUUACGCGCCUGGGACGAUACACAGUUGAUUCCAAUUAUGACUCUGAGCUCUCUUUGAUUCAUUGGAUGUGUCGUGCAUGCUGCGACGGCUGGCAACAAGAAUCCUCGCACCUGAUCUUACAGUAACGGGAUUGCAUGUAAAACUUCAGCCCAACGGUUCAGUAAAGCCACUAGACAGCGAUAAAGUCAUGGCCAAAAUCAGACAUCUACUCAUCGUGUGUUUGGCCGGGCUAGCUUUGUAUACAGCCUUUGAGCCAACGCCAGAAAAUAUUGAAAUUCCAUGGAGACUGAAAAUUCUGACUCAAAUUUUCAAGAUGCACUGCCGCCUGGCACCCCUGGAAUCGUACUUUGCAACUUUCAUCCCAGACGGAGUACGCGCCUGGUUCGUCGCAGUCAUCAACGAUGUCCACAGAUCCCUUGGCCCGAAUGUCACCUUCACGGACACGACCUUCGGCGGGGUCCCUGUGCGGGUCUUUGCCGACAAACAGGACAGCAAGGAAGCGGGCAAACGCCCAGCCAUUGUCUUUAUUCACGGUGGAGGCUGGACCCUUGGAAGUGUGGAUUUAUUCCACCCUCUGACGGCUGAGAUAGCAAGCGGUUUAGACGCAGUGGUCGUUUCGGUUGAAUACCGGGUGGCCCCACAGCACGUAUUUCCUAUCGCCAUAAAUGAUUGCACGGCAGCUACUGUCGGUUUCCUUCAACAUCUUGAAGACUUCAACGUUGACCCAACCAGAGUGGCCAUUAUGGGAGACAGUGCAGGCGGAAAUCUAGCUGCUGCCGUCGCUCAGAGGUUGACCUUUAUGCCACAGUACAAGGACCUGCCGAAGCUUAGGAUGCAGGUUCUGAUCUAUCCUUGUCUCCAAGCCUUCGACUUCCAGACACCUUCCUACCAGCAGAACGGAGAACACUUCACGGUGAUUCUUGACCGGAUGAGAAUGGCUGAGUUUUGGGCGAUGUACCUCGGUAACAGGAACCCGCUGAAGACACCAAUGUCAGCAAAUCAACACACUACGGCAGAAGCCAAAGGUUCUCCCUUGAUCAGAAAGUGCCUUUCCCAUGAUCUCAUUCCAGAUGAGUUCAAGCAGACGGGUUAUGUAACGCCCUCAACGGACUUCGGGAACGAAGAAAUCUACGACGAGAUCAGGGAAGUUCUCCUGGAUCCAGACUACGCUCCUCUCAUGCGAGAAGACCUGAGAGGACUCCCAGAGGCUUACAUCCUGACUGCUGGGUAUGACGUCUUGAGGGAUGACGGCAUUAUGUACGCCAAGCGACUGGAAAAGGCUGGAGUACCAGUCACUUGGAAGCAUUACAAGAACGGCUUUCACUCCAUGUUCAACCCUACCAACGGAGUUUUUGCAUCACCAUCGGCGGACCAGGCGCUAGAAGAUUUUAUUAAAUUCACCAAAAAACGUCUAUAACAUUUCUAACUGUGAGUAAAAAUGUAAGGGAUCUAAAGUUUUGAAGAGUUCACAUUUAUGUCAAGUGGGGUGAUGCCAGAAGGGUCCGAAGCCCUUGGCCCUUUCCGAGUGUGCUUGACAUUAUAUCGAUUAAUCAUUCCUGUAAACAUAUGCAUAUGCCAGGAAGUAUUGUUAACAUGUGCUGUACAACGGGAUUAAAAUUUGUAAAAUGCUGUAUUUAUUAUGUUAUAAAAAAGUGACAAUGAACUUUGCAUGAUGUCAGCAAGGAUAUCAGAGACUUUCAUGCGUUGUUGGGACAGAUAAUGACAGGGAUGUAUAAAUAAGCUGAAGCCAAAUGUUAGUUAUUGCUACCUGUUUACAGAAAUGACCCAUGGAGGUCCCACCUUCACAUACACAGUGUGAAGUCUCCGUUUGUCAACAUGAAUUCUAGGAAUAAAGGGAGGUACGCAAGUUGCAAUGCACUUAACUCAAACACAACUGCGAUAGAUUACACAGAGUGAGGAGGAUUUCAGCGUUGAAGUACCCCCGUUAAACACAUGAAAUUUACAUGAAUUUCACAUCGAUGCUGUUUGAGUAGUGCCACAAUGUAGUGCAUGUGGUGCAAGUAGGCACACGAAAUAACUGUCUGAGCGUUUUUUUAAAUUUAAUUCUUGAAAAAACUGCACGUUGGCUUAAUUUUAAACAAUUUACUGCAUUUCACUGAACAGGAAAUUUAUGUAUGUUGUCAGAUUAAAACUGCAAUUUAAUGAUCGUUUCAAAAGCAAUAAAACCAAAAUUACACACUGUCAA